UGUCGUACGCGGCGCGCACACUCGCACACAAACAGACGGCCUCUGCUGUCCCGACGCUUUUCCACUGCGAUAAACUCAGCUCUGCGACGCGGUGACCUGCAGGCCGACAGUUGUCAAAGUUCCGAGGCCAUCGUGUGGUGGUGCAGUUGGAAGCAUGAACUGUUGUGAAGGACUUUGGCUGAUUGAAUCCGAGGACUUGGAGUUGCUAUGGACACGGAGCAGCAGCGGGUCCGUGAGCGGACGCUCAGGAUGAGCUGGCGAACCCUUUUACUGGCCUGUGUCUUACUGACCCGCCGGUGUCACCGUGUCACCGGUGACUCGUACGCACGGCCAGACGUCGCGCAACACGAGGACGUGCGCCCCAACGUGCUGGACGCCGACUUUGACACAAACUGGGACCUGAGCAAAGGCCGCUACGAGGACGCCGACUGGGCCCCCGGCCUGGUCCCCGACGACGGAGCCAACCCCACCUUCCGCCGCACCGUCGGCGGCUCCUCGGCACAGUGCGGCGAGUACAGCAGCCAGCUGACCCCCGGGGGCCGCUGCCGGCUGACGGCCACGCUGCGCCCGGUGCCGGCGGGGGCGGCGCGGCGGCGCUGCCCGGACAUGCUCCGCUGCACCGACGACAUCUCGCACUGGCUCCACGAGAACCGGAACAGGAAGGAGCAGCUGGAGGAGCUGAGGGACACCGCGUCGGAGCUGACGGAGGAGCUGAGGAGCCACCACCGCCGGGUGGAGUCCCUGGAGGCGCCGGUACGCCGCUCAACACGAGCAAAGUUGUUUCUUCACCCUCAGGGUGAAGACGGCCUCUUUUUAGGGCCUCCCUUUGACCGGCGGCUGCACCCUCUGGAGUCGUGCCGCGCCGAGACCGGCCCGCUGCGCCGCGCGCACGAGACCCUGCUGCACGAGCUGCGGGCGCAGCUCGCCCACCUCUCGGCCGCGGUUGCGCGGUUGCUCGUGAGCCGCAACUCGGGCCCAUGCGCCGUCAACGUGGUCCGAGCGCCAACGCUGCCGCUCGCCGCGCGAGACACGCGGCCUCCAGAUGGACCCCGCUUGUCUUUCUGCCCAUCCGACUGCGCGUCCCUGUAUCACAGCGGCGUUCGUCGUUCCGGCGUUUACACCAUCGUCCCGUCGGCAGGCAACGGCGUGCCCGUCUACUGCGACAUGGAGACCGGCGGCGGGGGCUGGACGGUGUUCCAGCGGCGCCACGGCGGCUCGGUGAGCUUUAACCGCGGUUGGUCGGCGUACCGCGAAGGGUUCGGAGAGCCGCAGGGGGAACACUGGCUGGGGAACCGACAGCUCCACCUGCUGUCCAACCAGGGCCACCACAGCCUCCGAAUCGACCUACAGGACUGGAGCCACGCCCACAGACACGCCCUCUACCACAGCUUCAGGAUAGAGGGCGAGGAGGACCGGUACCGCCUCCACGUGUCAGGCUUCAGUGGAACGGUGGAGGACUCGUUCGGCUGGUACCACGACCAGCACAGCUUCAGCACGCCGGACACCGGCAACCUCUGCGCCGAGCUCAGCCACGCCGGCUGGUGGUUCCACCAGUGCUUCCACGCCAACCUCAACGGCGUCCACUACGAGGGGGGGCGCUACUCUCUGACAGCGCAGAACCUGCUCGGCCCGGACGGCAUCGUUUGGUUCUCCUGGAAGGAGUCGGACUUCUACUCCCUGAAGGCGGUCACCAUGAUGAUGCGACCGAGCGGCUUCAGGCCGCACUCGUCGCCAUAGCAACGGGCCGCGGGGCCGCCUGCUGCCACCACAAAUACGCACAUCUAGAGGCUGAUAAUCCUCACUGACGUCUUGUUGGUCCCUCACACCAGUGAAGACACUGACGGCACGGACCCUGGUCCGCUGCCUGGGUCUGAACUCAGGAUGCAUGAACUCACAUUGACUCGUUUUAGCUCUCAGGAUAUCGAGGAUUUUCUUUAGCAGUAAAAACACAACAUGCAAUUUACACGAUAUAAUUAUUUAUUGGAACAGUUAUACAGGUAUUCAUCGAUACGUCUACAGGAAAUCCCAAAGUCACAACUUCAGGCAGGUUGUGUUCUCAGACGUGGAACCUGCACAGGUGAACGACUAG